UCUGUGCGACUCACGUGGCUGCGUUUCACUGCCGCAUGUGUAAACAGUCGUGCUGCGUUUUCUUCAUUAAAAAUGCAGCCAACAGAACCAGGAUCACCCCUGCCGGACUCUUCUGCACCCGAGUCAGUCAGCUGGGGAUUUGAAGUGAUUCUCGAUGGAAACGAAAGGACGCCACCAUGUUGUCCGCACGGUCCAACCCUAUUAUUUGAGAAAGUAUGCAAAGGAGGAAAAAAUGGCCGCAGGUUUUAUGCCUGUGCUGCUUGUCGCGAUAGGAAAGACUGCAACUUCUUUCAAUGGGAGGAUGAGAAGGUUUCUGCGGCCAGAUUGCUCGCCAGGGAAACAGAAAACAAGUUGAAGAGCCCUCCUUUCACUCAGCAACAAUAUAACUCGAGGUUCCAAAAGUUAGCGUCGCUCCCACUGGAUCAGAAGAAGUUCUGUCAGGACUGUCAGCUCCUGUUGCUGCCUGGUGAACUUGCGACUCACGCCACCCACCGGAAUGUAGCUGUUACUGCAGCGCACCUCAAUAGGCCUAGCAUGCUCCUGCGCCCUCUGCAGGACAAGAAGACAAACGCCCAGUACCUUUUCACUGACCGAGCAUCUCAAUUUCUGCUGAACACGCUGGUCGCUCUGGGCUUCAGGAAAAUCCUGUGUGUCGGAGCCCCCAGACUACUGGAGCUGGCCAAGAUAAGAAACCAGGAGCAGGUCCUCCAACUGAAGAGUCUUCUGCUGGACAUCGACUUAAGAUAUGCUCAGUUCUACAGCCGGGAUGAGUUCUGCCACUACAACAUGUUCAACCACCACUGCUUUGCAGGAGAGGCCUCCAGCUCGGUCCUGCAGGACUUCCUGUCUGAGGCUGACGGGGAAAAGGUUGUCAUGGUGGCAGACCCUCCUUUCGGUGGUCUGGUCAAACCUCUGGCUCACAGCUUCUACAAGAUAUCUGAGAUGUGGAAGAAGCAGCAGAGCUCUGAUGGUGAGAUUCCAAUGAUGUGGGUCUUCCCCUACUUUUUUGAGCCUCGUAUUCUGGAAUGUCUGCCCUCUCUAACCAUGCUGGACUAUCAGGUGGACUACGAUAACCACCCUCUAUACAAGCACGGGAAGACGGGCAGGAAACAGUCUCCGGUCAGAAUCUUCACCAACAUCCUAGCCAAAGACGUGGUUCUUCCCAAAGAAGAAGGUUACAGAUUCUGCUCCACAUGUGAGAGAUUCGUGUGCUCCCUCAACAAACACUGCGCUAAAUGUAACACCUGCCCGUCCAAGGACGGCCGGGAGUGGAAACACUGCCCCGCAUGUGACAAGUGUGUGAAACCAUCGUGGCGACACUGUCGGUCCUGUGGCCGCUGUGCCCUGCCGGACCACCCCUGCGAGCAGAGCCAGGGGACGCAGGGCUGCUUCAUCUGUGGCAGCCUGCAGCACAAACGCAGCGUCUGUCCUCAGAAAAGGAGCGACGACCUGAAGUCCAAAACCAAGAGUGGAGGACAACGUCAAGUCAAGAUGAAAGGAAAAAUGAAAUUUAAAGCUGCGCGCAAGGGAAAGAAGAUCUCAGUGUGAAACAAAUAGAAUACAAACCUUUUGUUGUCUUUGUUAGAAGCUUUCACUCUGAAACACAGAUCACGGAACCUUUUUCCUAUUACUGAAGAUGUGUUGGACCUACAGUGGUUCUUGUGAAAGUCUGACGGCCGUUGAUGAUGUAGAAUUCCAUUGACAACAACACUAAACACUGUUGAAAUUAAAUGCUCUUUGGGGACAUUGAAUAUCUGUGACCGUGAGCACAUGAGUCUCAUGUCAUUUCUACCCAUCCUCUCCUCCAUGCUGUAAUUUACUGACCUUUUACGUGACACGCUGUCGCGAAAGUCCAUCUUACCAUCAUCAUUGGUCAUUCAACCUCUGAUAGAACCUGGGAGGACCGCAAGUCUUUUGAC